AUGGCAGUCAAAAGGCCAGCCAAGUUGCGGGUUAUUCUGAAUCUUGAUGACACCAGGAAGCUAAUUCUGCCUGAUGGAAUUCCAGAGUCAAUGGAGCAGCUUAUGGAUGAAGUCAGGAAAGUGUGUGGGUUAAAUGUCAAUUUCAGACUGCAGUACCAAGACAGAGACUUUGGAGAUGCACUAGUGGACUUGACAUCUACUGCAGAACUUGAGGAUUUGGCAACUGUCAAGGUCAUCCCAAUAUCUGUUGAUUGUAGCCAAGUAAUUACUCUCACUAUCUGUGAUGAUAUAGCGUCUACUCAAUCAGAUGACACAGAGCUCCUGUCCACACCCUCAAGUUCUGUCUCUACAAGAACUCAGAUGUGGCCACUUGAGUUUCCAAUACCAAAAUUCUCCUAUGACUCUGAACUACAGUUAGAAAAGGGAAAUGCUGUGUUUAGGUCAAACAACACAAGGUUGACACUGAGUUCAAAAACAAAGUCAGAUAUUUUGGAAAAGUUAGCAGAAGAGAUAUUCAAGUUCAAAGCCUACCCAACAGAUGUAGACUUCAGUGACGUUGCUGAAGCACUGAUCAAGAAACACCCAUGCCUCUGUGAACUUGGCUCAUACAACGGUUGCUACGGGUGGAAGCAGCGGCUAAAGACAAAAAUGGGCAACUACCGAACUCAGCUGAAGGGCCUUGGGUGUUCUGAAAUACUUGCAAAUUCACUUAAGUCUAAAGCUCCAGAAGAUGGAUUACCAGCAAAAAAAGUCAAGAGACCUAAGAGAGGAGAGGCCAACCACAUACCUGACAUUCCAACUGGAGAGACCCCAGACAAAUUGGAAAAUGAGAGACUGUCACUUUUAAGUGAAGUAAAGAAGCGCAACAAUCGUGCAGUGGUAAAGGAUAAAAUGGACAAGACCUUUUCACUGCGAAGACAGGACAUUGUGGCAAAGGAAUCAGCAGUGGAAGAGUUGAAAGAGAGAUGGCCUGCAUUGUUUACAAUGGAUGAGAUCAAUGCUGAAUUUAUGAGAGUAACAACUGUUCCACUUCAAACGCGAUUCAUGGCUUCCUUGGACAAGCACCACAGCAAGCUGGUACAGAUCUUCAGAAACAAGGGAGGAGCUAUCAGAGAGAAGACCCAGAAUAUACUUAAUGUUCUUGAUCAACAUUUAGACAGGCUCCUACAAACCACCUAUUAA